AGGUACCCGCAGCUCCAGAUUUUCAAGGGCCGUCGGGGGCGCGCUGGACACCACAGGACGCGCGGUGCUUUGCCGGGCGCUGCACCCUAUCUCCGGUUGAUCCGAUUCCAGGGUGGGUGAGCCGUCAAGAAGGAAAGAGAACCCUCCCCACGGCCCCCGCCGGCAUCUCCGGAGCUGCUUACCUUAACAUCCACGUCCACAACCCGGUUCGGGAAUAUUAACCCGACCCCUUUCGAUGUGCGGUGCCCUUGAUACAAGGUUUCCACAUCUCUUAGGGCCGACUGACCCAUGUCCAAGCGCUGUUCACAUGGAACCCUUCUCCACUUCGGUCUUCAAAAUUCUCAUUUGAAUAUUUGCUACUACCACCAAGAUCURCACCGGGACCCGCUUCACCUAGGAUCACGCUCCAGGCUUCGCAGCAGGCCCCGCGCCCUCCUACUCGUCGCGGCGUCAGAAUCGCCGCGACGGCCGAGCAUAGGUCGCGCGCUUCAGCGCCAUCCAUUUUCGGGGCUGAUUGAUUCGGCAGGUUCACCUACGGAAACCUUGUUACGRCUUCUCCUUCCUCUAAAUGAUAAGGUUCAAUGAACUUCUCACAGCACCCCCAGCGGCAAACCGCCGAGAUCACCGCAAUCCAGACACUUCACCGGACCAUUCAAUCGGUAGGAGCGACGGGCGGUGUGUACAAAGGGCAGGGACGUAAUCAGCGCGAGCUGAUGCCUCGCGCUUACUAGGCAUUCCUCGUUCAAGAUCGAUAAUUACAACAAUCUGUCUCCGUCACGAUGAACCUUAAAAAGGUUACCCACGCCUUUCGACCCAGGAAAGCGACUCGUUGGAUUCAUMAGUGUAGCGCGCGUGCGGCCCAGAACAUCUAAGGGCAUCACAGACCUGUUAUUGCCUCAAACUUCCGUUGGCUAGUCGUCCAACAGUCCCUCUAAGAAGCUGGCCACGAGGAAAGGUCCCCGCGUAGCUAUUUAGCAGGCUGAGGUCUCGUUCGUUAACGGAAUUAACAAGACAAAUCACUCCACCAACUAAGAACGGYCAUGCACCACCACCCAUAGAAUCAAGAAAGAGCUCUCAAUUUGUCAAUCCUUGCUAUGCCUGGACCUGUUUGCGAGGGAUGGGCGAGACGUGCUUUGGUGGUCGAGCGAACAUUUUUGCGGCGCCGUUCGGGUCCAUGGUCGUCUCUCUCGGAGGGCUUGUUUCAUGACAUCUCGGUCGUCAUUGGAGGCGGUCGCAACUCUCGGGGCUUUCCUAUGCCGUGGUGGCAGGUUGUGGAUAGUGGUGUUCACCCUCACUCAUCGUCUUGCGAUGAUUGGCGCCUGAUCGCCGACGGCGGUCCGGUUGGCGGUCGUUUGCAGGGUGUGGAGGCGGAGGUGCCCGUCACCAGCUCUCAGCUUCGGCACCAUCGUCCCGUAGGUUACGGGGAGAGCUGUUGCGGCUCUGUUGUGGUGUCGUCUUCGUGUCCGNGUCCCGUAGGUUACGGGGAGAGCUGUUGCGGCUCUGUUGUGGUGUCGUCUUCGUGUCCGCACUCACAACGGCGCGUUCCGUUUGUGUUGAGGGGGUGUCACGACUUGGUGGAGGCUUUCCGUCCGUCSGGGCGUGUUGGAAGCGUGGUGCAUUCGUUUCUCUCUUCACCCGCGUUUCUCGAUGGAGAGAUGAGGCUGUGCACUUCGCUGUCGGUACGUUUUGGGCAGGCGGUGGCAUCCGGCUGUGGGCCGAAGCUGUCGGUGGUUCCUUCGCGCGCGCC